AGAGCAAGACGUAUCCAAAACUACGGCUUUGGAACGUUACUCACAAUUGUAUAAUAUAAUAAACAUUCUUUAAACUACGGUAAAUAAAUGUUUAUAAUUACUCAUCUUACCUUCAAUUAAUUAAUAAAUUAUUUACGAAUAAUUUAUUAUCAGAUUAUUAAAAUAAUAAUAACAAUAUUAUUUAAUAAUAUAAAAAAAAGCCGUCACAAAAUUGGCGAUCCUGCCAGGAUACGUGUUGAGUUAAUUCUUUUCACGAAAAGUGUUAUAAACUCUAGGAACCGUAUCCAGAAAACGAACCUAUAUUCAGUUAACAACGAGUUAUAAGUGAAUUAUUUAAAAGUGAUGGCAGUGUUUCACUUUUAGUGAACAUAAAUAAUCAUAAUCUUUUAAAUCUGAAUAAAAGUAGUGGCUGAAUUAAGUAGGUCCUAUACAACGUAAAUUCAGAUUUAUAAAGAUUAUUUAUAAGGGAACGUAAAACAGUACGGUAAAACCCUGAAGAAGAGGCAAGGCGAAACUGUAGGGGACAGCAACUAACCGGUAGUCAACCAGCAGCCAACCAGCAGCCAACCACCACCGAUCAGCACAACGAAGGCGAGUACUUUGAUUCUAAAGAUACAAGAUGAAACUAUUGUCAUUAUUCAUCCUGACAUUGUCUACCCUGCUUCACGCGGAAAUCGUCGUCAAACCUUUAGGCAACAUCCCUAUUUUCGCGGAAAAUUUAGGAACUACCAGUUUGUAUCAUCGGACAUGGAAGUUGAUUAUAGGUGUAGAUACUUCAAGUUUCGAUACUAGGCUACAGGAUAUCAAGAAAACGUAUGAAAAAGCGUCGAAAAUGUGUUCGGGUUGUCAGGAAGAAUUUGAAUUACACGCGAUUUGCAAUAGAAUAAACAGGUUGGAAGAUUUGCAAACAACUUUAGAUCAAAUUCUCGGUUUUUCGCGUUCAAAAAGAGGCAUAUUGAAUAUUAUAGGAUCCAUAUCAAAAACUUUAUUCGGCACUCUGGACGAAGAUGAUAUGAAACUAAUCAACGACGAAUUAGACAACGUUUACGAUAAUCAGGAUAAAAUGAGCCAAGCAAUAGGUAAUCAGACAAGGAUUUUAAAAACUUUGUUAAACUCUGCAUCUCAUGACUUGCAGAUGCUAAACGAACAAUCCGAAAGCAAAACAAACCAACUAAAUUCAAUCAUAAAUUCAACAAAUAGAAAUGAGAGAAACUUACUAGUGGCAAAUAUGAUAGUGUUAUGCAGUAUUGCUAUCGAAGAAUUCAAUGAUGAUUUAAAUUUAAUAAUAAAUGCCGUCAAUGACGGAAAACACGGCAUUAUUCACCCACAAAUUCUCACUCCCGGUAUGCUGAUUCAACAAUUACGAGAAAUAUCAGAAGAAACAAACACUAAAUACCCUGUUCGAUUAAUCCCUCACAACUAUCAACGUAUAAUAGAUAUUUCCGAAAUAAAUAUCUUAAUCGUGAACAAACGGCUUGUAUACAUGCUCAGAAUUCCAGAAACUGAACAUGGAGAUUUUCAGACUCUCCAUCUCAUCCCGAUACCUAUCCAUCAUGGAAAAGGUUUCCUAGCUCCAAUCCCAAGCCACGAAAUUAUUUUAAUCAACAACGAAAAAAGUCUUUAUGUACCUAGUGAUAUUAAACUUUUGGAAAAAUGUAAAAAAUUAGAGAAUCAGUACAUAUGUAAACGAACUCAACCCACCUACCUUAUCAGUGAAAUAGAAAAUUGUGAAACAAGUAUUAUAAGAAACCACAACAAAAUUAUAUCCGAUCGAAUUUGCGAAUUUUCAGUUUUUAGAAUUUAUGAAAUAGCGUUUAUUCCACUACAUGAUCCAGAUCAAUAUAUCAUUAUCCCUGAGAGCGAGGUAGAACUAACAACUACUUGCGAAUCAAGAAUAACUAUUAUUAAUAUUAAGGAACCUAGUAUUGUUUUUAGUAACUCUGAUUGCGAAAUACACACACCAAAAUCAAUUCUCAAACUAAGAAAGUCAAUAGAACACAAAACCGACAUAUUGUUUAAAAAAAAAUAUACCUUACUCCAUUACUCAAAAUGAUUUAGAAUUAUUAAAUAGUCAAUUACCUAUAAUCCAAGAGUCAAUUCACCACGAAAAAUUAAAUGCUUUGAAACGUACUCUAGAUGUAAUGGAAACGUCGAUUCAGAAUAUUAAAAAUAAUAGGAGAAACAAAACUUGGCUCGAGAAAGGUACUGACUUUCUCAAAUAUUUGGGAUAUGGUUCUUUAAUUUUCGUCAUAAUGUACUUAUUAAACAAAACAGGAUUUUUAAAAUUUUUGAGUAAAAUAAUGCCGAAAAAUUUCUGUAUAAAUUUAUUUUGUAUAAAAAAUAACGUUAGCAAUACUCAACCACCUGUAGUACGAUACGAUACGAUAGCUACGGCACCAGCUCCAGAUCUAGGUGAAGAUGUAAGAGUCAUUAAACAAAAUAUUAGACUAAGAACUUAGAGACUAAGUUUUCUCUAAGUACGGGGGUGUGACGCAAGGCCCAAUACUUAAACAAAGUUUCUCUACUACCCUUGUUCAAUGGAAUGUUAGAGAAACUAGUUUGGUCCCCAUCCCCUCUUUAACUGUAAGCUUCGAAUUGUCUAGGACAAGGUCCU